GUUUUGAUUUCGUCGUCGUCGUCGUCGUCGUAUUUGUACUCCGCGUAGAUUUGUGCAUUUUUACUCUGGGACAAAACAUAUAUACGCACAGCGGAAGAACAGGCACACGGCGACAGAUAAAGGCAGUGUGUGAGUUCGGAGGGUCCUGCGCACGGUGGUGUGUUUCGUUUUGGGGGGUACCCGCGUCCUCCAAGGUGGGCGCACGGUCGCUUUGCUUACUUUCGCGGUCCCAAAGUCCACGCGAAAUCGCGCAACGCAUUCUUCUCGCGUGAUCACAUGUGAUCGACCAACGCACACGCACACAAAAUGUUCUUCGCGUUGCUAAUGAUAAUAAUGGAAAUGACGAUAGAUUCGCGACGAUUCGAGCUGUGGAAGCGUUCCGAUAGCCACCGCCACCAGGCGUAUGCAGUGAAAUCUUAGUAGCAAAGGUGAGAAGACCGAAACCGUGAAUAUACAGCAAACUGUUCCCUUCUAUUGCGCUUCGUGCGUUUGUGUGGCGUGAUCGUGAAUUUUCAACUUUCUAGCGCAAUUUACUGUGCUGUGCCGUGCGUGUGCACCAGUUAACCUCAGGAAGGUGCUAAAGUGCGUGCAGAAAAAGAAGGGAAGGAGAGUACUCGAGAUCGAGAUCUCAUCGUGAGGAGGUGGUGCGUGUUUAAGUGUAUGUGUACGUGUGUGUGUGUGUGUAUGUGUGCGCGCGCUUGUGUACAAGCCGUUCAUAAUAUUUAUGUUUGGCACUUGCAUCCGUGCGUGAGAACGGAUACGUGCAGUGACGCGGUUACGGUGUGCAUCUCUUGCACGUCUCGUGUUUGUGGGAGUGUAUGUGUGCGUGCGUGCUGUGUAUAUCAGUGUACGUUUCAUCCGUGUGGUGUGGGGCUAGGAUUGUGCGUCUAUCUCUAGCUGUUUACGAAUGAAAAACAACUUCGAAGAAGAACUAGUGAGAUGUUAACAGUGCAUUUUAAAUGCAAAUUAUCUUUACAAAAGUUACACUAAAGUGGUGAUACACGGUUUGUGUUCAAGUGCUGGUUGAUCAUCGGGUGCAAAGAGGAUUAAAGUGGCGAUUUUUGGAAGAUUGUAGUACUGUUUACGAUCAUCAUCACGCAUCCGUAGUGGCACUGUGCAUUUGCUGUGUUGUGUGUUUACAAGACAUCGCGUACAGCUGUGUGAGUGUGUUUUAACUGUGUAGAACGUUUCGAGCCGUAGGAGAACGAGAUUUUCUUCCCACUUUUCUUAGUUGUAGCAUGCAAAUAAAUCGUAAAGGUGGCUGGCGUAUCAGCGACCACGGAGCGACUUACUGCUCCCCCCGCGCCUCCACAGGGCCCUUCGCCCCUUCAGCUCUUAGAUGAGUCUCACAUGUCAAUUGCUGCGGCUGAAAAUGCAGGGCUUGGCCCAUGUGAACUACCACUGCCGGACCAGUGGCUUGUGCAUACACAACUGUCGCAGUCAACGCAAUCGUCUCAAGCAUCGUUCUACUCCGCAUCGCAAACCGGUGGCCAAAGUUUGGGUGGACUCGGUGGACUGUCAGCCUCAACACUGCCGAUACAACAACAACAACAACAUUCCUCCAGUGUCCAGCAGCAGCACUCACCAGCUCAGUUGCAAAACCAAAUCAACGCGACGCAAUCAGCAGCCGCCGCCGCCGCCGCCACAGCUACACCGGGAGCAGCUCCAGCAUCACAACUGCAGAGUCAGUCAAAAAUAAUGAAUGUCGUCGUACCAUCCGUGGCCUGUCCGCCUACCGCAUCGAAAAAGAUUCGCCGCAAACCAGACGCGAAGCCACAGUCACAGAUAAAUAAGUGCAACAACGAGAAACGUCGCCGAGAGCUAGAAAAUGAGUACAUUGAACAACUUGGCGAGUUUCUGCAGAUCAAGCGGGAUAUGACCGCUUGCAAACCAGACAAAGCGGCGAUACUAAGUGAAGUUGUACGAACGUUUCGUCAUAUGCUAGAGCAAGGAAACCCGAAUCUCACUGGUUCGCGGUGUUCCAAAUGCUCACCGGAUUGUUCUGCUUCCUGCAAACUGCACCCGGUGCAACAGGGAGAAGUGUCAUCCACUGAACCGCCGCUACCGGAACCCUCGGUAAACGGCCACUCGCCGGAAAAGUCAGCCUACUUCGAGGCAGUGCAACAUUACAUCUCGAACGUGGGCUGGGCCCUGCUGGAGAUCAACUCGGAGGGUGUGAUCGAAUGUGCCACGGAGAACGUCCGCGACGUACUGCACUACUCGCGCACGGAGCUCCACGGACAGUCUAUAUAUUCGUACCUGCAUACUGGUGAUCAUUCAAAGCUGAGUCCUAUUUUAAAUAAGAAUUCGUUUGAGCUAAACUGGGAUCAAAAUGAAGUGAGUACCACUGCUUGCUGGAGCAACGAUUUCCAAUCUAACCCUGCUUAUGCUCCUCCGCCGCAGAUGUUCUAUCAGACGCCAAAGCGUACCAUACGUACUAAAAUUCGUUGGUUACUGAGGGCGCCAGAAGGGGCAAACGAAACGAUCGAGCAGAAGCAGCAGCGCUUGGAAAAGUACAAGGAUCUGCUCAUCAUCUCUGCUCCCGUGAAGGAUGAUACGGAGGAAUCGUCCUCGGUGCUUUGUCUAAUUACACUACCCGAGGACGAUCAGGCAACCAUAGAAACUACCACCAUGCCACAAACGCUGGACGAACAGCUAACACUAAAGCUGGAUACUAGUGGUAACAUUAUAAAUUAUAACUCAUCGACCCUAAGGAAACAGUUUGCAGGAAAUUUUACCAAAGAAACCAUUCGGUCAAUCUACGACAUCUGCCACUAUCAGGACCGGCCGCGAUUGAACGAGCACCUCGGCAAUGUACGCGCGUCGAACGGAACGCCGCACGAGCUGACCUACCGUUUGCGGCUCGGUGGACCUGACGUGUACGUGCACGUGAAGACGCAGUCGAAGCUCUUCCGCAGCGCAAAACCAAACGAGUCCGACUUCAUAAUGGCCAUCUGUACCGUGCUGACGGAAAAUGAAGUCGCCAUGCUCUCGGCGGAUGGCAGCAGCAGCAGCGGGGGAAUGGUGAUGGGCGGUGGAAGUGGCAGCAGUGGUGGCCUUAGUGCGGCAAUGAGCGGCAGCAACAUUAACAAUAACAACGGCAGUAGCAGCAAUCCUACCUCAUCCUCAUCCAUGGGGCUGCUGAUGCCAAGCACGAGCAGCUCGGUGACAGGAGGCGGCCUAAACGGUGCCAACGACGUCGUAGCUCGUCACAUGGCCCAAAUCACACAGGGUGUUAGUAAUAUGGGUGGACCGCUAAUGUCGAGCGUGCUGAAUGGAGGGAGUGCCGGCAGUGGCAAUUCCGCCAGCACAUCCAGUUUGCUCGGCGGUUCUGGCGGAAUGACCGGAGGCAGUAUGAGUGUGUCCGCGGGCGGUGGUAUGACGACGGGCCCCGGUGGCGGAACACCGGGAACGCCUAUCGGCAUGGGUACGGGAGGCGGCAAUACCGGCAUGGGUCCGGCGGUCUCGAUGAGCUCGAUAGUAUCGCCGCGAAGUAAUCCCAACUCUUCGUCGCUGCUGUGCGCACCAUCGUCCGACAGUAGUAACUUCUUCAACACAGACUUUGAGCUCGAAUUUCCACAUUCCACGUUCGACAUGGAGGCGGUUGGUGUUGGGUGGGACUCACGACCCGACUCCCGUACCAGCGUCACUCCGGUCAGCACUCCUCGACCACCGUCCGUCAGCGCAUACAGCCCAGCGGCCGCACCGAUGUGUGCGUCACCGAUGACGCCGUACUACUCAGGCAACACGAUGGGCGGAAUGCCUUCGCCGUCGAACAAUAGCGGAGCGCCGGGGGGUAGCAGUAGUGGCGGCAACCUCAUCAAUCCUAGCUUAUCCCUGAACAACAACAAUAACAAUAACAGUAAUACCAACAACAACAACAACACUGGAACGCCGUUCGGAGGGAACGCGUUUCAGUUCCCGUUCGACGAUAGCAAGGAUAAGUUGCAGGACAUUCAGCAGCAGCAGCAGCAGCAGCAGCAGCAACACCAUCAUCCCCAUAUGUCGCCAAUGCAGCAGCAUCAGUCGGCGAUGCCGUCGCAGCAGAUGGUGCAACGACAGCCGCAACAUCCACAACAGCAACAUCACCAGCAGCAGCAGCAGCAACAGCAGCAGCAUCUACAGCAGCAUCUUCAGCAACAAGCGCAACCACCAACGAACACGCACGAUUCCGAGCGGUUGCGGAAUCUGCUUACAACCAAACGACCUCACUCAAAUGCCUCAUCCUCAUCCGGGUUGGAUAUGGACCAUGACCAUCGGAAUCCUAAUCGAAUUUUGAAGGGCUUGCUAAAUUCCGAAGAAGAAAAGGAUAGUAAUGGCAAUAAAGUAAAUACCGCCUCUCUUUCACAACGUAUACCUCAAUCGGUUAGAACGCCAGCGCAGGGUAGUAAUAAUGGUGGUGGUGGUGGUGGUGGUGUUAGUGGGCUCGGGUUAACGGCCCGGGCAGCGGGAAAUGAGAAUAGUAAAGCCAGUAGCAACAAUAUGCUAUUACAGCUGCUCAACGACAAAAGUGAUGACGACGAAAGUGACGCCCGCAACCGACAAGGUCCGAGCGAACUUCUUAAGCAGCUGCAAAAGGUUAAAGAUGAGCCAAAGGAGCAUUAUCCGCCGCCAUUGAACAACGAAGAACUCAUCCAGAAGCUACAGGUACAAAGCAAUGACCGAAAGCGACCUUCGACCGAGCCAGACGAAGGGGCGGCGGUCAAGCGAACGGACAACAGGCCGUCAAAGUUGCGCGAGCGCAACAAGAUGCUGGCCUCCUUGCUGGCCAACCCGUCCAAAGCACCAAUGCCAAUGCAAACGGCCAUGCCGUUCAAUCGCAUCAUCCCGGACAUACCCAACUCCGGGCUGGCUCGGCAGCUAGCAAACGUGUCGAGUUCGACGGCGCCGAACCAAACGCUGAAUAAUAACAAUCUAACCACUAGCAACAAUAAUUUAAAACAAGUACAACAGCUGAACCAAAUGCGCCUCCAGCAGCAGCAGCAGCAGCAACAGCAGCAGAUGCGCAAAUCAGCUAUGCCUUCUCAAUCGCAGCAACCUCCAACAUCCUCCGAUAUCUACCUCAACCAUCAGCAACAGCAGCACCAUCAUCAACACCCCCAAACGCACCAACAGCACCUGCAGCAGCAGCAGCAGCAGCAGCAUCAUUCGCAACAUCCGCAACAGCAGCACCAUACGCAGGCAUCGAUGAUGCAGCAGCAGCAGCAGCAGCAGCAACAGCAGCAAAUGUUGGCCGCCCAGCGGCAGCAAAACUUUUCGCCCGCGAUCCAGGACUCCGGCAUCGGGUCGGCUGGCGGUGGCAGCGGUUCGUUUGCAACGUCGACGCCCGCCACCUCGACGCAACUCGUGACGGAGUGGGACCCGGAGCUCAACGAAAUACUUAAUCACGUGAUUGAGAUUGCACCGGAGGGCGACUUUGCCGAGAGUGAACUCAACAGUAUCUUAGGCUUAAGUCCAAUUGAAUCGUCUACAUCGUCGGUUGUACCGUCGCAGUCGAGCCAACCGGAUAUACAAGAAAAGUUGGCAAUCAAUGCCAUCCAGAAAUCGUUAAUGCAGUACGAAAAUGUCAGCUCUCCAUUACAACCACAGCCCCAACCACAGUUCAGCGGAAGUCCGCCAGCCUACCCAAUGCACACGAUGGCCGGAGGAGCAAACAACGGUGCGGGUUCGGGCGGUGGCAGUGGACCGGGCAGUAUGGGUCCUGUAGGUGGUCCGCCUGGCAGUGGCCCAACAGGUUUGGUGGGUCCUGGCGGUUCGGGCAGCGCCGGUGGUGGUGCGGGCACUGGUGGCCCAGGACUCAAUCCGGGCACCAGUUUGCAACAGCAAUCGUCACAAGCGGGGCCAAACCAAAACUUUACACCACCGCCAGUGUACACGCAGCGGAUGCGGAUACCACCGCAGGGUCAGCUAGGUAACGCGAAUCCCGUCGUACCGCAGAACUUGCUUGCAAUGCAGCAGAAGCUGCAGCAUCAAAGUCGGGAUCAUCGUAUGUUGCAGGAGCAACAGCGAACGCGUCUGCUGCAGCAGCAACAGAAGCAGCAGAUGGUGGUUACGGUGAACCCGACAGCAAACUCAGACCUUGGUCCUCCCAACGUUACGCUGACGCGAGCAAAUAAUGUACCGGAUUCACAGCUUAGUCCCGGAUUUUCGCCGAGCCUGAUGCAGCAACAGCUGAGUCCAAGUCAAAGGACGCAACUUAGUCCGCAACAAGCAGGAUUCCAAGGCAACCCGUUCAACAACAAUCCAGGCCAUCGUCUAUCUCCUCAGCUGCAGCAGAUGGUGUCCGGGUUUGGCAAUGCAGGUAGCAACGUCAAUCAACAGCUAUCACCGCGCCAACCACCACCGUUCGGUGGUGGAGUUGGGGGCCAACCGGUCAACCAACCGAAUGUGGUCGUUUCGGGGCAAUCACCUCAGCAACAGCAGCAGCAGCAGCAACAACAGCAGCAGCAGCAGCAACAGCAGCAGCAGUGGCAACAGAACGCGAACGCAAGGCUAUCGAUUCAGCAACAAAAUCCUAUGCUGAAUGCUCAGCUUUCGUCCGUGGGCGGAUUUAAUCCGAAUGCUCCGAACCGACAGUUUGUCGGUCCACCUCAAAGGCAGCGCGGUACGCUUAACAGUCCUGGAACGCCCCGGCAGCAAAGCGCGUUCGGUGGCUCAAUGGUGGACGGUGGCGGGUUUCCUGGCCCACCGAGCCCCUCACCUGUCGGCGUGUCCGCACCAAACUUUGCCAAUCCCGUCUAUGCCAACCAGCAGAUGAGGCUCCAGCGGCAAGGCAGUGUGCCUCCGCAAUCCACUCAACACUUGCCAGCUGUUUUCGCAGGAUCGCCCCGUUCCGCGUACGGUGGACAUGGGCCCGGUCCGGAUGCCACCGGUUACGGUAUGAUGUUCGGCAAUGCGGCAGCAAUGCAGCAGCAUACGGCGAGCUCACCAGGCGAUUACUUCAAUCGCAGUCAAACUGGUCUCAACGGUGGUAUUAUCGGUGGUGGAAAUAGUGGCAGCGGCGGCGGUGGAGGCGGCGUCGGUAACGGAAACGGUGGUAUGGGUCUUAGCAAUGGCACACAUUCAAGCGGCCAAAGCCUUAACCAUUCGGAACUGGUGCGGCAGGAGCUGCGAGCCAUUGUUAGUGGCCGGGCGCAGCGACCCCCCUCGCACGGCAGUAGUCCGAUGGGUCUGUCGCCCCUGGGAGGCAUGUCCCUGCCAAGCUGUGGCGAAGGUGCGAACGGUGUGGUUGGUAGUAACGGGGGCCUAAAUGUGUCCAGCGUAGGCAGUAGCAACGGAAGCUGUGGUACACUCGCCAACAGCCCGUCGUCAGGAAUGCUGAGUGGUAUCGGGGGUGGUGGCGGCGGUGGUGGUAGUAGUUUGGGUGGAGGAGCAAGUGCACGAACAUCCUUGUCGGAUGCCGGAACGGCCGGUACGAUGAUGCUUCACAGCGGUAACGCUCCCACUGGCCUAGAUCCAUCGAUGCUGUUUAAUUUCCAUCUCACCCAGAAAGAGUUUUUCGGAGGAAACACGAGCCGGUGACCCGAGAAAUUCAUCCCUUCUUCUGCAAAAACUUCUGUCGGAUUGAAGUAAGAGGACGGCGCGCGUCGUGAUAUCCUGCACACCGGAAGACUAUACAGACAGAGCAUCACCUCCUUCAUUUGCCCACGCUGAUCGAGUGUGCUAGCUAUAAGCAACAACUAUAACAAACAAACGGGAAAAGACAAUGCGGCGGAGACGAGACGCGGACAGCGGCCAGAUGGUGGUCGACCAGGUCGUCAUCAUCGUGAGCCGCGCCUGUGACCAUCGUGCAUUCGUGGAGACUGUGAUUGAGCAUCGAGAGAGAAAAUCAGGAAAAGCUAAAACCUGCACACAUAUACAUAUAUACAUACACAUAUAUAUAUACCGCCUAGAUCGUUACAAAGUGUGUGCACAAAACUAGAAAACUUACCGUGUUUUUUUUUUCUUCUGCAAAAGUGUACUGAAAAGGCUCAUAUCCGGCAGUACGGGGUGCAGUCAAACAGGCGGUACCGUGCAACCGGGCUGCUGCUGCUGCCACUGUAUUUCCGUGUGCCGGUAGAGCAUAAGGAACAAAUGAUACAACCGAAUUUGUGAUUUGAUGUUGAAAACAAAAUAAAAUUAAAAACCUAUAAAGCGGAGAACGAGAGCGCUCUCGUGCGUGUAUAAAGUGGAGAUAGUGGAGGUGGAGACGAGAAAAGAUGCAUGUGAUAUGUGCAUGUAAAAAUUCAAGCAUACAAAGUAGAACAAAGCAAAAACGGGAAAGUGGCGAGAAAGGGUGGUAGAACAAAGAAUGAUAGUGAGAUGAGAGCAGGAAGGAGUUUAGUGUACGUGGUAAUUGAGGAGCUAUCGUAUUGUAGAGUAACAAAAUAACAAUGUACAUAAUAACCCGUGUACACAGAGAGAGAGAGGGAGAGGAAGAGCGGGGGGGGAAUGCAACAAGCGUUAAGAAAUAGUCAUGUGAGAACGAUGGACAGGGUUUGAAGCUUGUUCGUCAUAGCGGAGUCGCAUACGCUUCAUUAGACAUAUUGGCGCAAAGCAAACAAACAAACAAAAAAUGCGAUAAAAUUUGUUGACAAAAAAAAACGAAACAUAACACGAAGAGUACGAAAAUGGUAAUAAUAAUAAUGGAAAUGGAAAUAGAAAUACCUCUAACUUUAGUUCAAAGUAAACGUUACAAACAAACACAAAAAAAAACGGGAUGAAGAUGCUUAAAACGGAAUGUUACUCUACACUUGGUUGUGUUGGGUAAAAAAGGAGCUCUUUUUAAAGAGGAGAGAGGGCAACUGUUCAAUAACAUGUGAGUGGUGAGACCUGUCCGGUAGCUCCGCACUCACUGAGCGCGAAGAGGUCGAAGAGCGCGCUCAGAGCCCUCACUUUAUUGAGGCGAGACCACCCGCGGUAGCUCUCGCGCUCACUACCCAACACUACGCUACACCUUUGAACACAAUAUUAACACACCACGCCACGACGCCACAUGCAAAAACGGAAACACAAAGGAAGAUAGCGGAGAUAGAAGAUAAUGAUGAAAACCAAAACAUUGUAGAAAUGUGUGCGUGAUAAGGGCAAAUGCGAUGAGACACGAUGAAAAUAUCCUUCAAGGAUAUCGAAACCAAGCGGACGAAAAACACACGGAUCGAUCGAUGUCUGACCAACAACAAAGCACGGAAAUCAAAAGUAACACAAACACACAGCCACUAAUUAAAAAGGUUUCGGAUCGGAUAGCAGUAGAACCCACAACACCACCACGCUGGAGCAGCAAAAGGGAAUCGGCAUAAAACCACCACACACACACACACAGAAAACACCACAUCCGGUAGAAAGAAGAAAAAACGUUCGUGUACUGUGAUAAUUUCUACUACUUUUUUCGAUACCACGAACCUUCUCGGUACCGGUUGUUGACAGCCUAUAUACAACAAUGUUGUUGUGUUGCUUGGUUCUUGUGUUGUUUAUAGCGAUUAUCUCCGCUAGAAGAAGAAGAAGCAGUGUAACAUUGGCAUUUCUUAAAGUUCUUUAGAUUUUUGUUUGUUUUUUGUUCCCGUUAGGAACAGCUGUUUAAUGUGGUUUGGUUGUUACACAUACAAACACUCGCGCCCCCAAAACACAAGCACGCGGUGUCAUCCGCCUGUGUUUGUUUACUAAAUCGGGGUACGAUAAUCAAACACAAAUUUUGUAUUUUUUUAAGUGAAGUUGAACUUACACAACACCACCCGCUCCAUCGUUAGGCUUGUUGGACGAAGGCUUUUUCUUCCAUUUUGCAAGAGAACGGAAUGCUUUUGUGGCUUUGGUGGUGUCGAAAAACACGUGACCCUCUUUUUGCAGACAUGAACCGUUGGCAGGACCGCGCGCGAUAUAGUGAUCGUUGUGUAUGUGUAUAUAUAUCUCUAUAUAAAGCUAUAUAUCUAUGUAUGAAGUUUUGAGUUGUAAAAGUUGUACAAGUUUUUACCUUUUAAUGAUUAUUAUUAUUAUUAUUAUUGUUUACAAAGCAAGUGGCGUUUUUGCUUCCCAUUUCGUUGCCCCGUUUUGUUCGUUAUACAGGGGUCGGGUUUUGGAAAUUAGCGGGCAAAGCUUAACAUAGUAGCAUAAGAGAAACCAACUCAAAACAAAGGCCCCCCUCGGGCACGGGAAACAUCCAGCUCCAUCAUCGCGCCCACUGGCCCAAUUUUAACGUGCGCCAAUGUCGAACAGUUUCGAAGUCGAUCAACACAGAUCCAUUUUAUGUGUUUUUGUUUGUUAUUUUAUCGCUUUUGUUAUUACUGUCUUUUGGUUGCCGCGUUCAGGUAUUUUAACAAGCUCAACAGCAGCAGCAGCAGUUGUAGUCUCAUUUACUUCGCAAAAACACACCCUUCCCCCGGCAAUCGAUUGUUUUCUGUCGUGCCCUUUGCUUAUUGAACUUCUACCUUCCGUUGUUGUUGCUUGUUACGGAACAGCGCUGUGUAAAUAUAUACAUAUAUACAUUUUCUUAAAUCCAAAGUUUUGUUUUCCAUUCUGUUUCCGUUGUUGGCUUACUAAUCUUCAUUCCUUGCUACCACAAACACCGAUACCGAAACACACAAAAGUACACAGAGAUCGUGUCUCGAGCACGAGCACACGAAUGAUUGCUAGCUGGAACGGCUUUACGAUUACGAUUACUAAAUAGGCGUCACUCUACAGCUGUAAUAUUAUUAUUAUUAUUAUUAUUAUUAUCUUUAUUAUUAUUAUUAUUAAUAUUAUUAUUAUUAUUAUUUUGCGGUAAAAUACAUUGAUUGUAAUGAUUAUUAAUAUUAUUACUCUGCGCUAUCCAACUAUACGAUCUAUACACACCACACCACGUGUUGCGGGGGGUUAGUUUUAUUUCUUUGUGUUUUUUUUAUUAUUGCAAACGAAGAAUGAUGAAAAGUGUUUAAUUUGUAAAGUGGAAGAUAAACAAACGAAAGUGUUGUGCAAGAUUAACCCCGAAACUGCUGCUGUACGAAAAACAAAACACUGGUGGGAUAAAUUAUUAUUACGAGCGUGACAAAGCCGUGUUUGGUAAGUUGCAAAACUUUUUAAAUAAAUUUGCAAACAACAGCAAAAAGAAACACUUUUAAAAAUUAGGAAACAUGAAAUACGGACAAAAUUAUUACAAACAAACACGAUUGGAAAAUUGCAGAGCUUGUUGGAGUAUUGGAAGAGAGAAAACAAAACAAACAAAAAACACGCGAAACACGCAGGAAAGAAUAACCAAUCGGAUUUGCUGGGAAGAAUAUAUGAUUUGUUAUCGAUUAUUGAGUAAUAAAACAAAACAAGGCAACAACAUUAUAAAA